GCCACGGCCGCCGCUGGGCACCUGCGCGAGUAUAGGCGUGGCGCAUCGCAUAGCAGAGGUUUCGCCAUGUGGCCGCUGUGGGUCUCUGUCAUCGCUGUCCAGCUGCAGCUUGCAUCAUCACAAGCGACGUCCGACCCUCUGCUCAUCCGAUUCCUGCUGGUGGCCGAGGUGAACGCCACCUGGGUGGGGGGCGAACUGCGCGCCAACCUUAGCGGCCUGGAGGCGCGUUACGCCGGACUGCGCCUCCAGCUGGACCUCAGCGCCAUCGAGGUGGACCGCGAGCACGAGGUGGAGGAGUUCCAGCAGAAAGUGUGCGGGGAACUGGCGGUGGGCGUGUCUGCGCUGCUGGACGCCACGUGGACGGGAUGGCGGCGCCUGCGCGACGAGGCGCAGCACCGGGGACUCCCCUACCUCCGCCUCGACGCCACGCUUGCCAACCUGGUGGACGCCGUUGACAAGUACCUGCAGGCGCGCGAGGCGUCUGAUGCAGCACUCAUAUUUCACACAGAGGAAGAGCUGGAUCAGGCGCUGUACCACCUGAUCGGCAACUCGGUGCUGCGAGUGAUCGCUCUGAACGGCCUGGAAAAGGAGACGGUGAACCGGCUCAAGGACAUGCGGCCCGUCGCCUCCUACUUCGUCAUCUUCGCCGAUACGGCCCACAUGAGCGAACUCUACUCCAAGGCGGCAGCCGGCGGCCUGGUGCGGAAGGCGGAGCGCUGGACGCUGGUGUUCACGGACUGGGAGUGGCGCAGCUUCGGCCGCGACCACCUCAACCUGUCGACGGCGCUGCUGCAGAUGAAGCCCGCCUCCUGCUGCGCCCUGCAGGGAGACCCCGACGCCUGCAGGUGCACGCUGCGCAAGGUGGCGCCCGCGUACCUGCGAGCGGCGCUGUCCGCCGUGGUGGAGGCGCUGACGGAGCUGCACAGCAAGGGGCUGGAGGUGCGGCCGGUGGCCAAGCAGUGCAGCGCCGCCAACGCCGGCUCGCCGUCGGACGACGAGGGCGACGGGGGCGGGGGCGUGGACGCCGAGGACGCCACCGAGCCGCCGCCCAACGCCACCGGCAACUACGACGCCUUCCUCAGGGCCAUCGCGCUGCGUGGACAAACCAACUCGACGCUGUUCUUCCGCAUGGCGGCGGCCCAGCUCACCUUCAACACGCCACUGCAGCUGCGGAUGGUCAACCGGUCGGAGGAGAUCGACCUCGGUAACUGGUCGGCAGAAAAGGGGCUGCAACUCAACACGCAGCUCAAGCCUGCCAAACGCUUCUUCCGCGUCGGCACCGCAGAGGGCGUGCCAUGGUCGUUCCCAGUGCGCGACGAGCAGACGGGGGCGCCCUUGGUGGGUCCAGAGGGCGAGCCCAUCUGGGACGGCUACUGCAUCGACCUGCUGAAGAAGCUGGCCGAGCCGACGCACAUGAACUUCGACUACGAGCUGGUGCCCGCCAAGGACAACGACUUCGGCUCGCGGUCGCCCUCCGGCAGCUGGACCGGGCUCGUCGGAGACCUCGCCAUGGGGGAGACAGACAUGAUAAUCGCACCGCUGACAAUGACGUCAGAGAGGGAAGAAGUAAUCGACUUCGUUGCUCCUUACUUCGACCAGUCUGGCAUCUCUAUUGUGAUACGGAAGCCAGUGCGCGAGACGUCGCUGUUCAAGUUCAUGACGGUGCUGCGACUGGAGGUGUGGCUGAGCAUCGUGGGCGCGCUCACCGUCACCGGCAUCAUGAUCUGGCUGCUCGACAAGUACUCGCCCUACAGCGCCCAGAACAACAAGGAGAUGUACCCCUACCCCUGCAGAGAAUUCACGCUGAAGGAGAGCUUCUGGUUCGCGCUGACGUCAUUCACUCCACAAGGGGGCGGCGAGGCGCCCAAAGCGCUCUCCGGCCGCACGCUGGUGGCCGCCUACUGGCUCUUCGUGGUGCUCAUGCUGGCCACCUUCACCGCCAACCUGGCGGCCUUCCUCACCGUCGAGAGGAUGAAGUCGCCGGUCCAAUCCCUGGAGCAGCUGGCGCGCCAGAGCCGCAUCAACUACACGGUCGUGAUGAACUCAGACACGCACGAGUACUUCCGCAACAUGAAGAACGCCGAGGACGUGCUCUACAAUGUUUGGAAAGACAUCACACUGAACAGUUCAAGUGACCAGUCUAAGUACAGGGUAUGGGACUACCCCAUCAAGGAGCAGUAUGGGCAUAUCCUUCAAGCUAUUGACCAGGCAGGACCAGUGCCCAAUGCAUCUGUUGGCUUCCAAAAGGUCAUUGACCAGGAGGAAGGUAAGUUCGCAUUCAUUCAUGAUGCAGCUCAGAUAAGGUAUGAGGUGUCCAAAAACUGCAACCUGACUGAGGUUGGAGAGAUGUUUGCUGAACAACCAUAUGCCAUUGCAGUACAACAAGGAAGCCACUUGCAGGAAGAGAUCAGCAGACAAAUUCUUGAUCUCCAGAAAGAUCGCUAUUUUGAAUCACUAACUGCAAAAUUCUGGAAUAAUUCUGCAAAAGGGACAUGUCCAAACUCUGAUGACAGUGAAGGAAUCACCCUGGAAAGUUUGGGUGGUGUUUUCAUAGCAACCUUAUUUGGACUUGCACUGGCUAUGAUAACUCUUGCUGGAGAAAUAUUUUACUACAAGAGGAAAAAGCUGACAACAGUUAAUGUGACAUCAGCAUCAGCAAAAAUUCCCAAAAAACAAGUGACAAUAGGGAAAGAAUUCCGGCCAGUAAUGGAAAAGACUGCACCUCGAGUUUCAUAUAUCUCAGUUUUCCCAAGAAAUCAGCUAUAUUAACAUUAUUAUUCAGUAAUGCAGUACCACUUAGGAACCAACAUGUAAAUAAUAGUGAAUGAUUAUUACAGUAUCAAGACUUCUGCUCAUGGAUUGUUAGCAUCUCUUUGUGUUUGGGUAUUGUACUGCAAAAAGUUUUCAUUUUGUAAAAACGAAACUUUCAGACCAAAAAAAGUAACAUCAUCUCAUACGCAUUUUGUCUAAAGCAUCACACCAUUGUUAUUCUUGAAUGGCCACUUUCAUUGUUUCAAAUGUAAUA